CCCAGAGAGUCAUUAUCAGCCUGCUAGCUGAGCGGUGAGGGUGCGCCAAAAAGUCGCUCUAGCUGUGAUCAUGUCGGUCAAUUCCAACUUUACGUUGUCCCACUCCCUUCUGGAUUGGUUCGCCAUACCCGCAGAAGGCUCUCUCGUGGGCGUCGCAUUCGCUGUGGUCAUCUGCUACUUGCUGUACUACGUCAACUUCGCUGUGGAGAAACCUCUGCUUGCAUGCAGACAAGGAGCCUGGAGAGACUUCUUGACGGAGCACCUGCCCCUGAUUCACGAGCACUUUUGGCCCACCCCUUGGUGCCUGGACGGACGCCUUCAGACGGUCAUUGCUUUCUCCAUCCGGACGAACAUGCCCCGGGUUCACUACCAAAGAGAGACACUCCCCCUCAAAGAUGGCGGUGUAAUCUCCCUAGACUGGACCUGCAAGCCUAGGAGAAAGGACCAGCCAAUCCUCCUGGUCCUACCUGGUCUCACGGGGACAUCCCAGAGCCAGUACGUCAAGGGUUACCUCCAUAACCUGAGGGACCUCGACCUCUGCUGCGUCAUCUUCAACCACCGCGGGAUGGGAAGGACGGAGCUUAAGACACCCAGGACCUACUGUGGAGCCAACAGCGACGACUUGGAGGAGGCCCUGGAGCACAUCCAUUCCUUGUACCCCGAAGCGCCUGUCUUGGCGAACGGGAUAUCUCUGGGAGGGAUGGUCCUCGGCAACUUCCUGGUCAAGCGGGGAGAGGCGGCUUCACGUUACCUGGCGGCUGCCCUGGUGUACUCGGUCCCCUGGAACCUCUUCGUGGCCACGGAGAGCCUGGAGAAGCCCGUAUUCAACCUUCUCAUCAACCAGAGCCUCACUAUGGCCAUGAGGAAACUCUUCUGCACCUUCAGAGAGCAGCUGGAGGGAGACUUCCCUUGGAAGUUUGACCACCUCAUGAAGAGCAAAACCCUGAGAGAAUUCGACGACAGGUUCACCUCCCUCAACUUCGGGUUCCCGGGAGCCGAGGAGUACUACAAGGCAGCGUCCCUGGAUGACAAACUCCACAAAAUCAGGGUCCCCUUCCUCUGCCUGACGUCAGCGGAUGACCCUUUCCUGCCAAAGAAAGGUAUUCCCAUAGACAGAGCCAAUCAGUCCAGCCACGUGGCUUUAGUUGUAACGUCACGAGGUGGCCACGUUGGAUUUCUUGAAGGACUCUUUCCGUACAUGACCUUCUACGGAGACAGGCUCCUCAGACAGUACGUUGGAUUUCUUGAAGGACUCUUUCCGUACAUGACCUUCUACGGAGACAGGCUCCUCAGACAGUACGUGAGCGGCGUCUUCUCAAAUCUGGACAAGAUGAGGGAAAUCAGGCAGGAAGGCAAUCAGUUUGUUCAGCAGUCAGUCUGA